AUGUGUCCACCCCCGACAUCUGGAGCGGAUCCACUGCAACUGAAGUACUACGAUUUUGCGGGACGGAUGAUCGGACUGGCCCUGAUGCACAACGUCCCGGUGGGGGUUCGGUUUGACCGGACGCUCUUCUUUCAGCUAGCCGGGAGGCCUCUCACCCUGGACGACGUUGCAGACGCAGACCCAAGCACGCAUGCAAGCUGCAAGAAAAUCCUAGAGAUGGAUCCUGAUCUCGUCGAUUCAGACGCGCUGGGUCUCACAUUUGCGUGGGAAGUUGGGGUAUUUGGCUCAGGGGAUGUCAUCGAUCUCCUUCCGGGAGGGAGAGAUAUCGCUGUCGAUAGCAAGAACAGAGGCCAGUACAUCGAUCUGCUGAUCCAAAGUCUCUUCAUGGCCAGCACCAAAGAACAACUAACUCAUUUCGCUAAGGGGUUUUCCUACAUGCUCGUAAAGCCGGAGUUACGGAAACUUUUCUUCCUGAGCUUGCAUUUGGAAGAUCUUGACAGUAUGCUGGGCGGGCGCAUCGGCACCAUUGAUGUGCAGGAAUGGAAAGAAUAUACCAGAUAUGAUGGGGGGUACACCCAACAAGAUGAUCAGAUCAACUGGUUCUGGGAGGCCGUGACAAGCAUGAUGGUUGAAGAGCAACGACGAUUGCUCUUCUUCUGGACCUCCGUCGAGUAUCUGCCAUUUGACGGUUUCCGCGGGCUAGACCUUGGCAGUGGUCUAGUCAUAUCAAAAGCAUCAUCGAAGAUCUCGGAGCAUCUCCCUUCAUCGUCCACCUGCAUUUACCAACUGAACCUACCAAUGUAUACCUCCUUCGCCAUGAUGUUGAGCCGGCUACAGAAGAUCACCCAGGAGCAUGUGAGCAACAGCUUUGGUGAGAUAUGA